UGUACAAUUAAGAAAUCGAAAAUAGACCCUGUCUAUUUUGGUAGUUUCACUUUGUUCUUAGAGUCGUGCAGAAAAGAUUAAUAAAGAAACAUGGAUCUGCUGUAUUGUAUACUUAUAGCUGUAUGUUCUCUUGGUGUUAAAGCAAAUGUGAAUACAUAUGUGAGGACAUUUGAGCAACCUGAAGAGAGAAUAUCCACAUUGAAGACAGUGUGUUAUUAUCCUAUGAGUAAUGCAAUCAAUACAACAACAAAAGAUCCUUUACCAGAAGGCUUUAAUUCAACCCUGUGUUCACAUGUUAUAUUCAUACCAACCAUUAUAGAUAGAAAUAACCGAAUACAGCCAGCAACUCCUUCACAUGCAGUCCUUUUCCAGAGAGCUAUUCCUGUAAUCAGACAACAGAAUCCAAAGUUAAUAAUUAUGGUAUCAAAUGGUGGCCACUUCGACCCAGUAAUGGAAAGUAUGGGAAACAUUUCACAAUUUGUCCAAAGUGCUGUGGUAUUACUGAGGAAAUAUAAUUUUGAUGGCCUAGAUUUAGAUUGGGAGUUCCCUGGCUGGCCUAUAACAGAAAAACCUCACGGACAAAUCCAUAAUUUCAGCAUAGUGCUUACAGAAUUGAGAAAAUCCUUUGAAAUGGAAGCUGUGCAGACAAACAGAACUAGGCUUCUCCUCUCAGCUGCUGUUGCUGCAACAAAAGAAAUGGCAGAAAAAAUCUAUGAAAUGGAUUAUUUAAAAAAGGCCCUAGAUUUUGUCAACAUGAUGGGAUAUGAUUACAAUGGAUGGGGACUAUUGAGUCCACUGACAGCUUACAACUCACCACUGUUUCCUGAAGCCUAUGAUAAAUAUGCCUUCAAUACUAAUAACCUGGCUUGGUCAGCAACACACUGGGGAUCAUGGAUUGGUAAAGACAAAUUAAUGGUUGGCAUUCCGUUCUAUUGUCAUGCAUUCAAACUGUUGACACCAUCAAUGCAUGGGUACCAUGCUAUAGCCACUGGUAGAGGGGAAUGUGAUAUGGCAGCAUAUCUCUGUGCAUGUGAUGCCCUGAAGAAAAAGAAUGCCACUCGUGUAUUUGACAAUGCUGCUAAAGUUCCAUAUCUUUACUAUGGUGACCAGUGGGUCAGUUAUGAUGAUGUACAGAGUACUACCAUAAAGGCCAAAUGGAUAAAAGACAAUGGUUUUGGAGGUCUAAUGACAUGGAACAUGAGGUCUGAUGAUUAUCAAGGUGUUUGUGAUGGCAAAACAAAAUACCCACUGAUGAAUGCUGUUCUGAGGACUAUACAUAACCAAACAUAGCAAUACAUAAUUUUAAAAUCAAAACAUAUGUAUAUUAUAUAAAUAUAUAUAUAUAUUAUUAUUUAUUUGCUUGUUUGGCAGUUCCACCUUUACAAUAGGGUCAAGCACUUCCGGGAUAGUAGUACUUCUCUCCCCAUAGUGUUGAGGUGUAUAUUGAUGAUUGUAUUAACAUUUUGUAUAGACACUUAUUUCUUAUUGAAGACCAUAUGUGGACCUCUAAAUGUCUCUCGGUUUUUUUAUGUUAUUGUUUUUCUGUCUCAUCUUUGCAAACCCUACAUGCCCUUUUAAUCAUUUAAUUCUCAGGAACAGUAGCAUUGACUUACAUUCCAUGAAUUGUUAUUUUUCAGGCCUGCCAUUAAGUACUAGGUGCGGUUUGGAUAGUCAGUCCUUAAUUAUGUUGUUCUGGUAGUGAUUGUUGGAUUACAUCAAUUUUUUUCUGUAAAAAGUUCAGAGGACGAAUAAUGCAGAUUCCUUGACUUUAACUUUCAAAAUGUUAAAAUUUAGAUUUCUCAUUGAAGAAUUGAUGAAAUUCAGCUUUAGUCAUAUUUCAAAUAAUGUUUAUAUUGAAAUUAAAUAUAUCAGUUUUUUUGUCAAUGUCUGACAUGAUUUUUAGUAAAUAAACAAUGAAAUAAGUGUUACCCUGAGAUUGAUGUCUGUGAAAUCUGUAUGGCUUCAGGUCUGGGCAUUUAAAUUCCAUGAUGUGUGAAAAUCUGCGAUUGAUACAUAUUAUUGUAUUAUACAUGAGUAUUUUUGUACAAAUGUAUUAUGAUGAACAAUUCUUAUUUCUUCAUACUGUGAAUAAAAGAUGUUACAUGCUA